UGACCUUGAUUGCAUGUAUUGGUGGCAUCUUGCGCACUUUCUUGCCGCCCAUCGCUUUCAUUCAUACGUCUCAAGACUGUCAUUCAUUAAGAAAGUGUCCGUCGGUCGGCAGCUGAACCGUAAACGUAAAACGUGUGCGCCCGCGAUUUGACUGGGAAAAUGUCCGUAUUUUGGAACGGUUUCGAGUACCACACGGUGCAGGUGAAUGGUCAGCGCUUCAUCGGUCCACCAGGGUGUCUUCCGGAGGAGCCACCGUACGACUGGGAGCUGUUCGUGAAGCACCUGCCACGGAAUUUGUUCGAGCAGGAGUUGAUUCCGCUGUUUUCGGCAGCCGGCCCAGUGUACCAGAUUCGGCUGCUGAUGUGUUUUUCCGGACUGAAUCGGGGCAUUGCGUAUGUGCGCUACACUUGCCAGGAGGAUUUUCAGCGGGCGCUUUGCAUGUUUCACAAGUUGCAGCUGGGAACGCGAUGUGUGCUGUACGCCUGCCUGAGCUUGAACAUGCGCAAGCUGGUGGUGCUGAACAUUGAAGGCGGGGUGCCGAGCGACGUAGUUCGAAAAUUUAUUGAAUCCGUCAGCAGUGGGAUUUGCGUGUACAUCGGCGACCGGAAGUUUCAGCCCGACAAAAAAUACGCCAUUGUCCAGUUCCGGUGCCACUACGAAACGGCCCUGGCCAGAAGGAAACUGAUGAUGAUUCUGCCCUUCCUCGGAGACGAUUGCUACAUCAAGUGGUACAACCGGGAGAAGUGUCUGAAGCAAUGAAAUGGGGUGCGAUUGAAAUAGAAGUCGCAAAGAACAAAUAAUCCAACAAUUGUACAAAAACUACUCUAGUUUAGUGUUACGUUGAAUUAGUUGCAAGUUUAAUGUAUUGAAUGCUUUCUGGUGAUAAGAAUACUUUUGUUAUUAUACUUUUUACUGCUAUUAAAUACAAAU